AUGGAGCUCAGCGAUACCCCGGCCAACUCUCUGGACAAGUUCAUCGAAGACCACCUCCUGUCAAACACGGAGUUCCGCACGCAGGUCAAACAAGCCAUCGACACCAUCUGCACUUUCCUGAAGGAGAGGUGUUUCCAACGUGCCCCUCACCCAGUUCGGGUGUCCAAAGUUGUGAAGGGUGGCUCCUCAGGCAAAGGCACGACCCUCAGGGGACGAUCAGAUGCUGACCUCGUCGUCUUCCUCACCAAUCUGACAAGUUUUCAGGAACAGUUUGAGCGCCGAGGAGAAUUCAUUGAAGAAAUCAGGAGACAGCUGGAAGCCUGUCAAAGAGAGGAAACAUUUGAAGUGAAGUUUGAGGUCCAGAAACUCAAACAAUGGGAGAAUCCCCGCGUUCUCAGCUUUGUGCUGAGGUCCCCCAAGCUCAACCAGGAGGUGGAGUUCGAUGUCCUGCCCGCCUUUGAUGCCCUGGGUCAGUUGACCAAAGGUUACAGACCUAACUCUAGAGUCUAUGUCCGGCUCAUCCAAGAGUGCGAGAACCUGAGGAAAGAGGGCGAGUUCUCCCCCUGCUUCACGGAGCUGCAGCGAGACUUCCUGAAGAGUCGUCCAACCAAGCUGAAGAGCCUCAUCCGCCUGGUGAAGCACUGGUACCAACUGUGUAAGGAGCAGCUUGGAAAGCCGUUGCCCCCACAAUAUGCCCUGGAGCUUCUGACGGUCUAUGCCUGGGAGCAAGGGUGCAAGAAAACAGCAUUCGUCACAGCUCAGGGAUUUCAGACUGUCUUGGAAUUAGUCCUGCAGUAUGAGAAGCUUUGCAUCUACUGGGAAAAGAAUUAUAACUCUGAAAACCCUAUUAUUGAAGAAUACCUGACGAGGCAACUUGCAAAACCCAGGCCUGUGAUUCUGGACCCAGCGGACCCUACAGGAAAUGUUGCUGGUAAAGACGCACGUAGCUGGCAGCAGCUGGCACAAGCAGCUUCGGUCUGGCUGGAUUACCCGUGCUUUAAGAAACGGGACGGGUCUCCCGUGGGCUCCUGGGAUGUGUCGCCCCAAGAACACAGCGACUCGAUGUUCCCGGGCUAUGAUUUUAGACAGCACCAUAGAUCCUGUCCAAGAAUCCAGCUCCGCGGAGAAGCCCAUCCCCAGGUGGAAGAGAGCUGGACAUGUACCAUCCUCUGAACGCCAGAGUAUCUUGGAGGCAAGGUCUCCAGAGCCGUCUGGGCCAGCCCUCUUCAUUUCUAGGGCUGGGGGCCUGGAUCCAAAGACAGCCGUGAAUUGA